AUGUCUCCUCCAAAUCAUACUGAGGUGACUGAAUUCAUCCUCCUGGGACUAACUGAGGACCCAGACCUGCAGAAGAUCCUUUUCAUGGUCUUCCUAGUGAUCUACAUCAUCACCAUAGUGGGGAAUCUGGGCAUGAUCAUGUUGAUUCACAACAGUCCACGACUCCACACUCCCAUGUACUUUUUCCUCAGUCAUCUCUCCUUUGUUGACUUAUGUUACUCCUCCAACAUCACCCCUCAGAUGCUUGUUCAUUUCCUCUCAGAGAGAAAGGUCAUCUCCUUUGCUGGAUGCUUUAUCCAGUGUCUUUCCUUCAUUGCCCUGGUGAUUACAGAGUUUUAUAUCCUUGCUUCAAUGGCCAUUGAUCGCUAUGUGGCCAUCAGCAGCCCUCUGCAUUACAGCACCAAAAUGAACCAGAAUGUCUGCCUCUGCCUGGUCAUUGUUCCCUAUGUCUAUGGCUUCCUGAAUGGCCUUUCCCAGUCCCUGCUGACCUUCCACUUAUCCUACUGUGGACCCAAUGAAAUUAACCACUUCUACUGUGCUGACCCUCCUCUCCUGCUCUUAGCCUGUUCUGAUGUCUAUGUCAAAAAAAUGGCCAUGUUCAUAGUGGCUGGCUUUACUCUCUCAAGCUCUCUCUUUACAAUUCUCUGUUCUUAUGUUUUCAUUUUUGCUGCCAUUUUGAGAAUUCGAUCUGCUGAAGGCAGACGCAAGGCCUUCUCCACCUGUGCAUCUCAUCUAAUAGCAGUCACUCUGUUUUAUGGAACCCUCUUCUGCAUGUACUUACGACCCCCCUCUGAGCAGUCUGUUGAGGAAUCCAAAACCAUUGCUGUCUUUUAUACCUUUGUGAGUCCCAUGCUGAACCCUUUGAUCUACAGCCUCAGAAAUAAGGAUGUCAUUGACGCCAUGAAUAAAGUAUUCCAGAGAAAACUUUUCAUGAACAUGGCAGGAUGUAUUACAUAG